AUGGCCUGUGUUUUGAAUGCCAGGACCAGUCAGAUGGGAGGCGCUGGAGUUGACAAGGAUGUCGGCCAGUCAGCUUCUGGCAACGCUUCCAGGGAGCGAUCCAGCGUGGAUUACGGUGCUUACCUGGGUGUGGAUUGGACGCCGGAGCUUCACAGAAGGUUCGUGCAAGCGGUGGAGCAGCUAGGAGUGGACAAGGCGAUCCCUUCCCGCAUUCUCGAGCUCAUGGGCGUCAAGUCCCUCACUCGCCACAACAUCGCCAGCCAUCUCCAAAAGUACCGCUCGCACCGCCGCCAUCUCGCUGCGCGGGACGCGGAAGCCGCCAACUGGCACACCAACCGCGCACCCGCGGAUUCCGGCGCUUCUGCCGGCGCCUGGCCAGCUGGCGCUGCUGCUGCCGCUGCUGCUCCGGCGGGAACGCCUGGAGCAUCGGGAUCCACGUGGGGUCCCGGAGUCCCGCCUGCGGGUGCGGCCGUUAGCGGUGGUGGUACUCCGGCAAAUGCGGUAGCAAAUGGCGUUCCCAAUGGCUCUCCGGGUGGUGUAUCGCAUGGGGUUCCGACGGGUCAUCCUGCCGCCAUGAUGCCGCCUCGCCAAAUGCCCGGCAUGAUGCCUCCGUGCCCGCCGAUGCCGUUCCGCCAUCAGCCGUACGGCAACAUGCCGAUGAUGCAUCCGCAUCAAUCAUCGCCUGCCAUGGGCCCCAUGAUGCCGCACCCGCCGCCAGCCAUGGGCAUGCCGGUAUGGGGCCAUCCGACGACCGGGGGAGCGUCGCCAGGCGGUUUUCCGCGGACGCACAUGUGGGGACAUAUGCAGCAGCAGCAACAGCAGCAGCAGCAGUGUCAGGCACAGCAGCAGCCGCAGCAGCAGAUGCAGCCGCGCGUGGCGGCGUACCCGCCUCCCUCGUGGCUGGCCGUUGAUGGUUCCUCUCCGUGGCACCACUACCCCGCGUUCCCCGCGGGUCCUCCGCCGAUGGACGCGUGGCCCCAUCCCGGCAUGCCAGCGCGCGGAAUGCCUUGCUUCCCCCCGCGCCAGCACCAGCACCCGCUCAGCUACCCCAUGCCGCCCAAUGGCCCUCCCAACGGCGCUGCCAGCGGUCCUCCUGGCAUGGUCUGCGGCGCGCCUGUCUGUCCGCCUAACGCCAUGCCGCCCAACGGCUAUCCGCAUACCGGCGCGCCUCCCUCCGGAAGCCACGCGAACGGGGCCCCUGCCAUGAUGCCUCCGCCGUCCCCCUUCCUAGGAAUGCCCAUGAUGCCCGGUCUCCCGCACGCGCCCAGUUUCGGCCCCUCCCCCGGGCACGGGUGGGGCAUGGGGGCGAUGCUGUCCGGAACGUCGGGCGGAGGGGGAGGCGGGGGGGACGGGGGGGCGGGUGACGCGGCGCACGUGGCAGAUGAGGCGAUGCCGAAUCCGAUGUUUCCGCUCUCGGAUGAUCUGACGGUGGACCUUGCUGCGAUUUCAGCUAGCAUCGGGGACGAUUUGCAUGAGUUCACUCAUGUACCAAUUUCCCUUUCCCCCUCUCCCCUCCUCCCCCACCUCCCCCCCUCCCUGCGCUCCUCCCCACAGGCCAACGACAUUCUAGACGCGGCCAUCAGCGAGGCGCUCACCAACCCCGCCACGCCGCUGCCGCUGGGCCUCAAGCCUCCGUCGCUGGACGGCGUUUUGGACGAGCUCAACCGCCAGGGCAUCCGCAUGCCCGCCUCCACUGCUGCCGCCGCCGCCGCCGCCGCCGCUGGUGCUGCUGAUGCUGGGGAUGUUGUAGCAGCUGACGCAGCUGGCUCGGAUGGCGCACCAGUCGCGUUUGCUGCGCUAGCGGAUGCUGACAUGCUUACUGCAGCUGCUGGGGUUGAUGGUGAUGGUGACGACGAAGGUCUCCUAUCGCUGACGGACUAUCCUGCUGGGCUGUUUUGCUCUGCGGAAGCCAUGGCGGCUGCUGCCUCGUUCCUCAAGGAAGAAGCUGUGUAG